UGGUACAGUCUCAAAAUGUCCGCUCUGAUCCAUGUGUUUACUGACAGAAGGGUCUUCAUGUUUUGACUCGGUAGAUUAUAAUUACACGUAACAUUGAUGGUUUUAACGUGAAUCUGGAUUUCAAAACAUCAAAAAUACAAUCGUUUUCAUAAAAAAUGCCUCACAGAAAGAAGAAAGCUUUUAUCAACAAGAAGAAUGCAGUAUCAUUUCAUCUGGUGCACAGGAGUCAGAAAGACCCGCUGGCCGCGGAUGAGAACGCUCCUCAACACGUGCUUUUACCUUCUGCUAAGCCAGAUGUGGACAAGAGAAAAGAUGAGCAACGCAAGUUUGGUGUGUUUUUCGAUGAUGACUACGACUACCUGCAGCAUCUGAAAGACGUGGCCCAGACCACAGAGCUCAUCUCCGCUCCUAAUGUCCGCAGAGAUGCUCGAUUAAAGAUGCCAGAGUUGGAUGAUGAUGAUGAUGAUGAUGAAGAGCUGGAGGGAGAUGACAUCCAUGUUCCUGCCUCCAUCACAUUGCCGUCGUCUGUGUUUGCGACGGAGUUUGAAGAGGAAGUGGGUUUGCUAAACAAAGCCGCUCCUGUUUCAGGGCCGCGAUUGGAUAUGGACCCAGACAUUGUCGCUGCUUUGGAUGAUGACUUUAAUUUUGAGGACCCAGAGAACAUGCUUGAUGAUGACUUUGUCAUCAAGGCCAAUGACAUCAUGGGUGAAGGUGAUGAUGAUGAAUGGGAGGACACGGACGAUGAAGAUGAUGAAGAGGAGGAAAAAGACUACGACUCGGCAGCCGGUCUGUCAGAGAAUGAGGAAGACCGUCUGCGAGAGUUUAUGUUUAUGGAUUGCGAAACGAAGAGUCGUUUUACGGAGUACUCGAUGACCUCAUCCGUCAUGAGAAGAAACGAGCAGCUCACGCUCCUGGACGAUCGCUUUGAAAAGUUUUUCGAACAGUUUGACGACGAUGAGAUCGGAGCCCUGGAUAACGCCGAGCUGGAGGGUUACAUCGAACCGGACAGCAACCGGCUUGAGGAGGUCAUCAAAGACUACUUCAUACAGAAAGAGAAAGAAUGUCAGAAACCAGAUCAGCUGGGUCCUGCAGAGUUGCCCUCUGUGAGAGAGGAAGAUGAGGAUGAAGAUCAGGAGGAGGUGGAGAUGGAGGCGAUGAUCAUCGAGCCUCCAGUAGAGCGAUGGGACUGUGAGACCAUCAUUAGCACAUAUUCUAACCUGUACAACCGACCCAAACUCAUCCAAGACCCUCCUAAGCCCAAGCAGAUCCGAGUGUCCAAAAAGACGGGCAUUCCUCUGGAAGUCCUGGAGAAAAGGGGUCCGACAGCCAAACAGAUUGAGAGAAUGGAGAGGAUCAAUGAUUCGGAUUUGCCCAGAGUUUCGACACAGCCCCGCUCGCGAGAGGAAAACGCAGACGAGAGGAAAGCCAGAAAACAGGCCAUCAAAAUGGAGAGGAAGGAGAGGAGGACGGAAAAAAAAGCAAACAAAAUGGCAUUCAAACAGGAAAAACAAAUGCAGGAAAAGCAGAUGGUUAAUUUGAGAGCAAACGUUCAGGGCUUGAAGCUCUCGUAGGACAUUGGAUGCCAUCAUGAGAUUGUAAACGUCAGCGUGGUAGCAGCGACUACAGGACCUUACUGAAGACAUGACUUGAAAAGAAGCUUCAUUAUUGCUUUGGGUGUGUCUGACAUUAUUGGUGUGUAAUGACAUCAUUUUCUUAAUGAUGUUUGGUAUGAACAAGAUUUAAAUGUGCGUGCCUCUUUUUGAAACAGUUGUUCUUAUAAAAGACAUCAUAAUGAAAUGAAUCUAAAGCAACUUUUUUCUUAAUGUUGUCCAUCAGCAUAUGAUCAUAUUGAUAUAAAUACAAUGUGCAUAUUUCUCACCAGCUACCAACUGAUAGCUACAAAGGUCUCCUGUAUGCUUUGAAAUGUAUUUAAAACCUCCAGUCUUUACCAAA